AUGUGGGCUCCCAGCCACCGUCACCUCUGUCUGGUCUUCCUGCUAGCCUGUGUUUUUGCCUGCAUCUGCGUCCUCCUCAUCCACCACUGCCUCUUUCACAGUGGCUUAGACCUGUCCCUGCUGUGUCCAGACCAUAGGCGGGUAACCUCCCCCGUGGCCAUCCUCUGCCUGAACCCCAACACCACCUUUUCCUGUCCCAAGCAUCCUGCCUCCGUCUCAGGAACUUGGACUAUUGACCCCAAAGGCCGGCUUGGGAACCAGAUGGGGCAGUACGCCACGCUGCUGGCCCUGGCGCAGCUCAAUGGCCGCCAGGCCUUCAUCCAGCCCUCCAUGCACGCCGUCCUGGCCCCCGUGUUCCGCAUCACGCUGCCUAUGCUGGCGCCGGAGGUAGACAGACACGCUCCUUGGCAGGAGCUGGAGCUUCAUGACUGGAUGUCGGAGGAGUACACCCACUUGAAGGAGCCCUGGCUGAAGCUCACGGGCUUCCCCUGCUCCUGGACCUUCUUCCAUCACCUGCGGGAGCAGAUCCGCAGCGAGUUCACCCUUCACGAGCACCUGCGGCAGGAGGCCCAGCGCUCACUGAGUGGGCUCCGCCUCCCCCGCACCGGGGACCGCCCGAGCACCUUCGUGGGUGUCCACGUGCGCCGCGGGGACUACCUAGAGGUGAUGCCCCUCCACUGGAAGGGUGUGGUGGGGGACCGCGCUUACCUCCAACAGGCUAUGGACUGGUUCCGGGCCCGGCACGAAGCCCCCGUCUUUGUGGUCACUAGCAAUGGCAUGGAGUGGUGCCGGGAAAACAUUGACACCUCCCGGGGGGAUGUGAUCUUCGCUGGAGACGGGCAGGAGGAUGCGCCUGUCAAGGACUUUGCGCUGCUCACACAGUGCAACCACACCAUCAUGACCAUUGGUACCUUUGGCUUCUGGGCCGCCUACCUGGCUGGUGGAGACACCAUCUACCUGGCCAACUUCACCCUGCCUGAUUCCAGCUUCCUGAAGAUCUUUAAACCUGAGGCUGCCUUCCUGCCUGAGUGGGUGGGCAUUAAUGCGGACUUGUCUCCGCUCCAAAUGUAG